UGAAAGGACUGGGCGUCAGGGAGGGGGAGGAGAGAGCUUCCCUUCAUAAAUGGUCCCACCCCUAGGCAAGGUGGCUCAGUUUGGCAGGUAGCAACGGGGGAGUGUGCACCUGCCACCAGUCGAGCUCAGCCAGACUGUGAGAAGAGGCGAGGCGGAACGCGCCAAGGGAGUGAGUGAACCAUGGACAGAUUGAAGUGCCCCAGCUUCUUCAAGUGCAGAGAGAAGGAGAAAGUGACGGCUUCAUCUGAGAACUUCCAUGUUGGUGAAAAUGAUGAAAAUAUGGACCGUGGCAACUGGUCCAAAAAAUCAGAUUAUCUUCUGUCUAUGGUUGGAUAUGCAGUGGGAUUGGGAAAUGUGUGGAGAUUCCCAUACCUGACCUACACCAAUGGUGGAGGUGCUUUCUUGAUACCCUAUGCAAUUAUGCUAGCGUUGGCUGGUUUACCAUUGUUCUUCCUGGAAUGUUCACUGGGUCAGUUUGCUAGCUUAGGUCCAGUUUCAGUUUGGAGGAUUCUGCCAUUGUUUCAAGGUGUGGGCAUCACCAUGGUCCUGAUAUCCAUUUUUGUGACAAUCUAUUAUAAUGUUAUAAUCGCCUACAGUCUUUACUACCUGUUUGCCUCUUUUCGAAGUGUACUACCAUGGGCCAAUUGUUCUUCUUGGGCAGACAAUAACUGUAGCAGAUCACCAAUCGCAAUUGGCUGCAAUGUGAGUACAGGGGCAGGAGAGAUGUUUAUGAAUAUAAGCUGGGUAAAUAUCAACAACUUGACCUGCUUGAAUGGUAGUGAAGUUUUUCAGCCAGGACAACUUCCCAGUGAACAGUAUUGGGAUAAAGUGACACUUCAGCGGUCAAGUGGAAUGGAUGAAACUGGAGGAAUUGUGUGGUAUUUAGCACUUUGUCUCCUUCUAGCUUGGCUCAUAGUUGGAGCAGCGUUGUUUAAAGGAAUCAAGUCCUCUGGCAAGGUGGUGUAUUUUACAGCUCUUUUCCCAUAUGUGGUUCUCCUCAUUCUGUUAAUACGAGGUGCAACCUUGGAGGGAGCAUCAAAAGGCAUUUCGUAUUACAUUGGAGCACAGUCGAAUUUUACAAAACUCAGAGAAGCUGAGGUUUGGAAAGAUGCUGCCACCCAGAUAUUUUAUUCCCUUUCUGUGGCUUGGGGUGGCCUAGUAGCUCUAUCAUCUUACAACAAGUUCAACAACAACUGUUACUCUGAUGCCAUUGUCGUUUGCUUGACAAACUGUCUCACUAGUGUGUUUGCUGGGUUUGCUAUUUUUUCUAUAUUGGGACACAUGGCUCAUAUAUCCGGAAAGGAAGUCUCUCAAGUUGUAAAAUCAGGGUUUGAUUUGGCAUUCAUUGCCUAUCCAGAAGCUCUAGCCCAACUCCCAGGUGGUCCAUUUUGGUCCGUAUUGUUUUUCUUCAUGCUUUUAACAUUGGGUCUGGAUUCUCAAUUUGCUUCUAUUGAAACAAUUACAACAACAAUUCAAGAUUUGUUUCCCAAAGUAAUGAAACGCAUGAGGGUUCCUAUCACUUUGGGUUGCUGCUUGGUUCUGUUUCUUCUUGGUCUCGUCUGUGUGACUCAGGCUGGAAUUUACUGGGUUCAUUUAAUCGAUCACUUCUGUGCUGGAUGGGGGAUUCUGAUUGCAGCUAUCUUGGAAAUUGCAGGAAUCAUCUGGAUUUAUGGAGGGAAUAGAUUCAUUGAAGAUAUAGAAAUGAUGAUUGGAGCAAAGAGAUGGAUAUUCUGGCUCUGGUGGAGAGCUUGCUGGUUUGUCAUUACACCUAUCCUGUUAUCUGCCAUUCUAGUCUGGUCACUGGUGAAAUUUCACAGACCUAAGUAUGCUGAUAUCCCAUACCCUGACUGGGGGGUUGCUCUAGGCUGGUGUAUGAUUAUUUUCUGCAUCGUUUGGAUACCAAUUGCGGCGAUCAUAAAAAUAGUUCAGGCUGAAGGAAACAUCCUGCAGCGUAUUGUAAGCUGCUGUAGACCAGCUUCUAACUGGGGCCCAUACCUGGAAAAACAUCGUGGGGAGAGAUACAAAGACAUGGCUGAACCUGCAAAGGAGACUGACCACGAAAUACCUACUAUUAGUGGCAGUAGAAAACCAGAAUAAGAUGUCCCUUUUGAAAACAUCUGAUUGUUAUAUAAUGUGAUCUUGUAGAGUAGGGAAAUUCUUUUUAAUUUAUUUGUGUGUCAAUCAAGCAGGGAAAUGUACAUGCCAUGCUCAGUACAGAGUUGUAAGUACUUUUUUCACCCAAUCAAGAAUGAAAUAUAAAAAUGUGAAUUUAUGAAUGUUUAGUAAUGUGCUUGUUUCCUUUUAGGAUUAGCUAUUUGUUAAUACAUAUAUCCAGUUAUGUUUUACAAUGACAUUUUGUAAAUAUUACUGUAAUAUUUCUUUUUUUAGUAUACUGGUUUCCCGUGAAGCAGCAAUGCUUUGUACUUGACGAUUUAAAAGACAUUUGUUUCUGUAGUCUUAAUAUGCACUUUUCUUAUUCAUAUAAUGGGGAAACAGUAAGUCUGUGUAGUUACAGACAAGUGCUACAUGAUUGAAGUCUCAUGUAUAAAAGUCACAAUGGGGCUUGGAAAGAUUGCUCAGUGGUUAAGAGCUCUGGCAGAGGUUCAAUUGUCAGCAUCAUCAUGGUGACUAAUACUGUCUGUAAUUCCAGUUCUAGGGCAUCCAAUGUCUUCUUCUGGCCCCCAUGACAUUGCAUGUAUAUGGUUUACAUACAUGCCGGCAAAACAUCCAUACAUGGAAAAUAAAAAUGAAUCUCUUUUUAAAAAAGAAAUGUCACAAACAUGUAGGGAGAGGGCUGUGUAUGACAUGAGGACUGUUUAAUACAUAUGAUCCAAAUACGUCUAAACAUGUCAUCUAAUUAUUAUGAUUCAUAUUUUCUAUACAAACCUUGAAGUUACACUCUUUACUUGGAGUGAAAUGAGACAAAAAUUGAGGAGCAGGUGGCCAGAAUGGGAUAAAUCUAGCAUAUGAAAUAUUAAUGUUUUGAGUAUAUCUUACCCUUCAUAAUAUCUUUAUUCUUUUGGUUGUAUUUGGAAUAACUCCAUGACUCAUUUAAUUUCUAUUGAGUCUCAAAAAAUAAGUACUCCAUUACAUUUUCUGAAUUCUAGAUUCAACUGUAGGUAGAAUUUGGAUGAAAUUGUUAUUGAUCUGGAAUUUUUGAUAAUGAUGUAUGUCUAACAGAUCAAGGGCAAUAAUAUUAUCUUUUAUGGAUUCAUUCUUGCCUAAGAGUAAUAAAGCAUUUAUAUAUUAAUUGAUAUUAAUUGUUAAUUAGUUGUUACUUGCCGGGUGGUAGUGGCACACGCCAUUAAUCCCAGUACUCAGGAGGCAGAGGCAGGUGGAUCUCUGUGAGUUGGAGGCCAGGCUGGACCCACAGCCUCCAAAACAAUACAGAGAAACCCUGUCUCGUAAAAAACCAAAAAAAAUUAGUUGUCACUAAUAAAAAUUCUAUACUCUUGUUUCCUCACAAAUAAUGAUACAGUUUAGGAUAAUAUAACCUACCCUAACAGGGAACAUUUCAAGUCAUGCUGAGCUUUAGGAGCUCUCAAGACUAAAAUUGUACCACUUUUUGUGGAUAAAUAUUUGCAUUUGGGGGGAGAGUGAGUCCAUUGUUUUCAUGAAAAUGUCAAAGGAACCUAUGACUUAAGAAAAAACAUCUCUUAAGAAUCAUAUACUGCCACCUAAUUUGUAUUUGGCAAGUGUGUACCAAGAGGAAACUUUUUUUAAUGCAUCAUAUCUCCUCCUUCAUUCUUCUUUUGGUCAAAGACUGAAUGAGAAAACCUAUUAAGGUAUCUCUUUAAUUAGUAGAAGUAAGGGAUUCUUAAAGGAGGUGGCAUGCAGGCAUAACAAUAGACCUAUAAGUAAUACAUCUCAAUGAUUCACAUAUAAGAUAAACUUUUGUUGUUACCUUGAAGGCUUUCUUUGUGGAUAAAUCCAAUGAUGUGAGCCAGAGUAAAGAGAUUAAGUCCUAGUUAACUUUGUAUAGAAUAUUAUGUGAGCUACAUGAUGGACGAAAGCUUAGAAAAAUUAAAUAUGUGGAUGCAAUUUUGGAGGUGACAUUUGGAAUCUGUAGAGAAAAUUUGGGCAGAGAGAGGAUAUAAAGGAAUUUUUUUCAAAAGUUGGCCAAAAAGAAUAAAGACUUGUAUCACUAAUUUCAAGUGUGAAAAAAUAGAUCUUAAUCUAUGGCAAAACUUAUAUUGCAAGGUGGCAAAUAACAGCUCUUUUUUUUCAUUAUAAAGAUUUUAUACUAAUAGUCUACAGUCAACUGUAUAAUAAACAGCUCCAUGUAUUUCUUCUCACUUUGAUUAAACCUGUAGACAAUUGCAGUAUUAGGCUGCAAUCCAUUAGAUUUCAAACUUAAAUGAAGAUAUCAUUGCUUUUUUGUCAGCUAUAAACUUUUGAACUGCCUUUCCUUUUCUGUACUGUAUGCUUCUACAUCCCUUUUCUGCAAUAUAUACUGGCCAUGUAAUUGACUCUUAAAAUAAAACGCAAGCAAAGCA